CACGGGCCGGCCGCGGGGAGCUGCAGCUGCUCUGAGAGUCGGUCCGGAGCCGCUUUGCCGGGCUCUUGAGAGCUGCGGGAUCUCCCUGUGCUGCCUCACAGGAAAGAGAGAGCGAGGCUUUUGAACUCAUUUACCUGGUAGCAGCGCUUGCAGAUGUUAAAGCAGAUGGGAGGAACAAGCCAAGAGGUGCUGCUGGUAGUUCUGUGUGUGUUAAUGACUGUUAAAGCUUUUGAAAUGGAGAUCAUACCUGCUAACAGAGUUGUUGCACAGAUUGGAGGAACACUCACACUCACAUGCAACACCACUGGCUGUGCAUCACCGAGUUUUUCCUGGAGAACACAGAUGGACAACCCCCUUGGAGGAACGGUGAAUCACCACAGGACUUAUUCUACCUUGACUAUGAACCCAGUUAGCAUUCAGAAUUCUCAUGAUUAUCUAUGUACUGUGUUCUGUGAUGGGAAAAAGAAAGAGAAGAGCAUCAAAGUUGAACUUUACUCUUUCCCCAGUGACCCUGUCAUUGAGAUCAGCCCAUCCUUAGCUGCUGGAGAGCCAGUCGUCGUCACCUGUACAGUUCCUGAUGUGUAUCCUUCUGAUCGCCUGGAAGUACUCCUGAAGAAAGAGGAACAAGUUCUUCUUGUCGAGGAGAACUUCAGUGAUGCUGACAGCACAGAGACCAAGACUGUGAAAUAUUCCUUUCAUCCCACGGCUGAAGAUGUUGGGAAAGAAAUUACCUGUGUGGCCAAGUUACCAAUUGCUGAAAUGGACUUUGAACCCAAGGAAAGAGUGACUUCUCAGAAACUCAACGCAAAGUUUGGGCCACAAAAUACCGUGAUUAUUGCGUCUCCAGGCAAGUCACUGAUGGAAGGAGACCCUCUAAACCUCACUUGUGUGACUGAGAGUAAUCCACCACCACAAAUAGUUUGGAGAAAACAACUGUCUGACAAAAGCAUCCAGCAUCUGCUAGAAAACAGCGCCCUUUCUAUUCCCCACGCUCGGUUCGCCGACUCAGGACUGUACAUCUGUGAAGUAAUUAACCUAGAAACUAAUAAAACAGAGACAGCAGCUGUGGACAUUGUUAUACAAGGUGCUCCAAGCAUUGCAGAACUCUCCAUUGAGCCUUCUACAACAGUUCAAGAAGGAGAAAAUGUUUCCAUACAAUGUUCUGCUGAGAGUAACCCUCCUCCCAAGAUUAUUUUAAGGAGAAAAUCUGACGGUACAGACAUGGGACCUUACAGUGAGGGGAGAAUUCUUCUUCCAUCUGUGACAUUCCUAAAUGGAGGAGGCUAUGAAUGUGUGGCAGAAAAUAAGUUUGGGAAGAGAAAAAGUGAAAUAACACUUAAUGUGGAGUAUGGCCCGAGGAAUACAACGAUCUCUGUCAUCCCUGCCACUGCUGUUAAGGAAGGAGAAACUGUGACAAUGAAAUGUACAAGUUCUGGUAAUCCAGCUCCAGUGAUCUCUUGGAAGAAAAGGAAGGCCACUGGGGAGUCACAGAAAAUCUUUGAAGCUGCGACUUUAACUGUACGGAACAUAAAAAGUCAAGAUCUGGGGCUUUAUGAGUGUGAAGCUUACAACCAAUUGGGCAAAGAGGAAAAAGCUGUGAAGUUACUUGUUCAAGGAAGGCUGGAAAAACCAGAUCAAAUGCUCCCAGUGAUUAUUGCGUUCUCCGGUGUAGCAGCAGUAGCAGUACCUGCAGUUGCGCUUCUGAUCUACGUGUCCAGAAAAGCAAAGAUCAAUGGAUCUUACAGUCUUGUAAAAGCACUCAGGCUGAAAGUGUGAUUGCAUGACUAUAACUCUAAGUUCCUAAGAAGCAAUGUUAUUUAUUGUUGGGACUCGUUUUACUCUUCUGUAACGGAUGGUGACAAACAAGUGACAUAAGGAAACCAGCGUGUGAUAGCAGAUAGAUAUUUGUUCAUGUUUUGAUCAGUGUUUCAGUAUUGAAAUCAAAGAGAAACCUAGCGUCCUGUCCUAGAGACUGCUAAAUCACCUCUGUGUUGGAGCAGGGUGGACAGAGUUCCUUGGAGAACUAGGUUUGUACAUAGUGUAUAACUUGUAUUAUAACUGUGUUCGACUGAGUACCAGUUUGGGAAAGUGCAGUCUUACUGCAGCUGUACAGAGCAAUGUUGCCGACUCAGAGAUCUAAACCAGCAUUACUUGAGCUGAUCAGAGGAUAAUGUUUUAUUUUGUAUUGCUCUCCAGCAUGAAUGUUUUUAACAUAACUCGUCUGUUUGUGGUGAUGUUUGGAAAAUGUUCUCUUCCCUCGGGUAUGGCCAGAAACUGCACCUUCAGUGAAGUUACACGAGCACGGGGCUGUGCCUUCCUAAGGACUUUUAAAUGAAUUUAAGAUCCCAAGGCUCAUUUGUGAAAUGUUUUAUUUUAAAUAUUAUUAAGAAAGCAGCUGAGAUGAUGGGCUAGUUACUUUGAGGCUGGC